UAACGUCACAUAUAAGUAAUGUAUCAGACAUGAUAACGGAUAACUUAAUGGUUAAGUCUCAUUUAGUUGUCCAUUGCUACUCGUACCAGUCACACGCGAGUGAUUCUUGAGUAUUUAAAAGUUACAAAUGAUUUUAGAAAAGGUUUGUUUAACGCAAUAACUGGGACAAGCUAUCUAAGUCUACAAUGUCCAACCACAUAGGUCAUUCAGAUAUAUCAAAUACGUUAGUCUUUUACGUUAAUGGAAAGGAGGUAAUAGAUGACAAUGUCGACCCAGAGUGGACGUUAUUAUGGUACUUGAGAAAUAAAUUAGAAUUAACUGGAACGAAAUUAGGCUGCGCGGAAGGCGGUUGCGGAGCUUGUACUGUAAUGAUCUCGAAGUUGGAUCACAAAACAGGAAAUAUAUCACACCUGGCAGUGAACGCAUGUUUAACACCGAUCUGUGCUGUGCAUGGUUUGGCUGUGACCACCGUGGAAGGCAUUGGUAGCGUUAAAACGAAACUCCACCCUGUACAGGAACGCAUUGCAAAAGCUCACGGCUCGCAAUGUGGUUUCUGCACACCGGGAAUCGUCAUGUCCAUGUACGCAUUGUUACGAAGCACUCCGAAACCUACUAUGAAGGAUCUUGAAAUUGCAUUUCAAGGAAACCUAUGCAGAUGCACCGGAUAUCGCCCCAUUAUAGAGGCCUACAAAACAUUCACGGAGGAAUGGGAACAGAUGCAAUUAUUGUCAAAUCACCGAGAGAAAUCUUUGCCAAAUGGGAUUUGCGCGAUGGGCGAAAAUUGUUGCAAACGAAUACCGAUAGCGGAGCCGACCGAAGUUUUCGAUUCAAAAAAAUUCCGUCCGUACGAUCCGACGCAAGAAAUUAUAUUUCCGCCCAAAUUGCAUAUCUCAUCACACUUGGACGAGAAAUACUUAAUUGUCAAAGGAAGAAAUGUGACUUGGUAUAGGCCGCGAACGCUGUCCGAAUUACUGUAUUUGAAGAAACAAUAUCCAAAUGCAAAGAUUGUUGUAGGAAACACUGAGAUAGGCGUUGAAGUCAAAUUUAAGCAUUUGUCCUAUCCUGUUCUCAUACAUCCGAUUUUAAUCAAGGAAAUGCGAACCGUUCAAGAAAAUGGAGACAUGCUUCAUGUGGGUGCCAGCACAACACUUGUUGAAAUGGAGAAAGCUUUAAAACAGCAAAUUGAUAAUAAACCUGAACACAAAACAAGAAUUUUCAAUGAGAUAAUCUCAAUGCUUCAUUGGUUCGCUGGUAAACAAAUUAGAAACGUUGCAGCUGUUGGAGGAAACAUAAUGACAGGAAGUCCUAUAUCAGACUUGAACCCAGUUUUUAUGGCAGCUGGAGUACAAUUAAAUCUUUCCAGUUUGAGUAAUGGAAACAGAGUUGUUCCAAUGGAUCAUAGCUUUUUUAAAGGCUACCGGCAAAAUAUUGCUUCACCUGAUGAAAUUUUACUUCAAAUUCGGAUCCCCUUCACCAAAGAAAAUCAGUAUUUUGUAGCUUACAAACAAGCAAAAAGGCGAGACGAUGACAUUGCGAUCGUUAAUAUGGCAUUAAAUGUAUUUUUCCAACCUGGGACUAAUGUCGUUCAGAAAGCAAAUUUGGCUUUCGGUGGGAUGGCUCCGACAACUGUUUUGGCAAGGAAAACAUGUGAAAUUAUGAUUGGAAGAAAGUGGGAUAAAACACUUGUGAGCAGCGUAUAUUCUUCGUUAUUGGAUGAAUUUCCACUUCCAGACAAUGUCCCAGGUGGUAUGGUCAAGUAUCGUAAAUCUCUAACUCUGAGUUUGUUCUUCAAAGGAUUUUUGCGCAUAGCUGCGAAACUACAGGUGCAAUUAUGCGAUUAUCCAUCAUGGCCUAAAGAGUUGGAAAGCGCUGGAUACGGUUUUCAUGAUAAGGAACCGAAAAGUUCGCAAUAUUAUCAAGUGGUUCCAAAGGGUCAAAACGUGAAUGAUUUAAUAGGAAGGCCUGUUGUCCAUGCGAGCGCAUUUAAACAAGCGACCGGAGAAGCGAUUUAUUGCGACGAUAUACCAAGAUUCACAAACGAACUUUAUUUAUCUUUGGUGUUAUCUACGAGGGCUCAUGCUAAAAUUUUGAAAAUCAAUGCAACAAAAGCGUUAUCCAUGGAAGGCGUAGUAGCUUUUUACAGCGCAAAAGAUAUACCUGAGAAACAACGUUAUCACGGACCUGUGUUUCACGAUGAAGAAAUCUUCAUUCUGGAGGAGGUUACAAGCCAAGGACAACCAAUUGGAGCAAUAGUUGCAGUUAAUCAGUUUAUUGCACAGAAAGCAGCUAGAAUGGUAGAAGUUGAAUAUGAGGACAUUGAACCAGUAAUUAUUACGUUAGAGGAUGCCAUUAAACAUCGUUCCUUUUUUCCGGAGUGUCCAAAACGUAUACAGAAAGGGAACGUUGAAGAAGCAUUUUCAGAAUCAGCUCAUAUUUUAGAAGGCGAAAUUCGAAUGGGAGGUCAAGAACAUUUUUACCUCGAAACACACGCUGCUUUGGUAAUUCCGCGGGAGGAGGAUGAAUUGGAAAUAUUCUGUUCCACGCAACAUCCAACGGAAAUUCAAAAAUUGGUGGCACACUCUUUGAAUGUUAAUGCUCAUAAAAUUGUAGUGAGAGUGAAAAGAUUAGGUGGCGGUUUUGGAGGAAAGGAAUCACGGGCUGUGAUGGUCGCCUUGCCAGUUGCACUUGCUGCUCAUAGAUUAGGAAAACCGGUGCGUUGCAUGUUAGACAGAGAUGAAGACAUGAUGAUAACUGGUACAAGGCAUCCAUUUUUGUUUAAAUAUAAAGUUGGAUUUGAUGAUAAUGGCUUAAUUAAAGCUUUGCAAGUUUACAUUUAUAACAAUGCCGGCUAUUCAAGAGAUCUUUCUCUCGCGGUUUUAGAACGAGCCAUGUUCCAUUGCGAAAAUUCCUAUAAGAUACCAGUAUGUGAUGUUCAUGGUUAUUCAUGUAAAACUAAUUUGCCAUCUAAUACAGCGUUUCGUGGUUUUGGAGGUCCGCAAGGAAUGUUUCUAGCAGAGACUGUUGUUAGACAUAUCGCAGAAUAUUUGAAUAUAGACGCUAUGAAGAUUUCAGAGUUAAAUUUGUACAGAGAAGGAGAUUCGACUCAUUACAAUCAGAAGCUUAUUAAUUGCUCCUUGAGACGUUGUUGGGAAGAGUGCCUUUUAUCUUCUAAUUACACAGAAAGACUUGCAAAUAUUCAACAGUACAAUAGACUGAAUAGAUACAAGAAAAGAGGAUUGGCAGUAGUUCCAACUAAAUUUGGUAUUUCUUUCACUGUACUCUUUUUAAAUCAAUCAGGGGCUCUCGUACAUGUGUAUACUGAUGGUUCCGUUUUGAUUAGUCAUGGUGGUGUAGAAAUGGGACAAGGUUUACAUACGAAAAUGAUACAAGUAGCCAGCAGAGUAUUGAAAAUAAAUCCAGACAAAAUACAUAUAAUGGAGACUGCCACAGACAAAGUGCCAAACACAUCUCCAACUGCAGCUAGUGCUGCAUCAGAUCUCAAUGGCAUGGCAGUUCUGAAUGCCUGCGAGAAAAUCAUGAAGCGAUUGAAACCAGUAAUAGAUAAAAAUCCAACUGGGACAUGGGAGAAUUGGGUAAAUGCUGCUUAUCUUCAAAGAAUCGGUCUUUCUGCUACUGGAUUCUAUAGUACACCUAAUAUAGGAUACUCAUUCGAAACAAAUUCUGGAGAUGCAUUCAAUUACUUUACAUAUGGUGCUGCAUGCUCGGAAGUAGAAAUUGAUUGCUUGACCGGUGAUCAUCAAGUACUGCAAACAGAUAUUGUCAUGGAUUUAGGUGAGAGUCUUAAUCCUGCGAUUGAUAUAGGACAAGUGGAAGGAGGUUUCGUUCAAGGGUACGGACUCUUUACUCUUGAAGAGAUGGUAUAUUUAAGAAAUGGAGCAGUCCUCAGUAGAGGUCCAGGUGCAUACAAACUGCCUGGUUUUACAGACAUUCCAGAAGUAUUUAAUGUAUCUUUAUUGAAAGGUGCUUCAAAUCCCAGAGCUGUUUAUUCCUCUAAGGCCAUUGGGGAACCACCAUUAUUUUUAGCAUCCUCAAUUUUUUUCGCCAUUAGAGAAGCUAUUAAAUCUGCUCGACAAGAAUUUGGUAUGGAAAGUCAAUAUUUUCGAUUUGAUUCACCAGCAACAGCGGCUCGUAUUCGACUGGCAUGUAUCGAUGAGAUCACGGAAAAGAUUGCAGAUCCAGAUCUUCUAAAACAGUGGAACAUUAUUCCCUAAAAAGUAUUUUAAUUGAAUACGAACAACGUUUAUUACUUUCUUUAUUGUUAAAUGUUAGACUAUUGUAAAAAAUAUGUAUUAUUGUUAAAAAAAACUUUAGUAACCAGACGGUUGUACCGACUUAA